AUGAACUCCUCAAACGAUCAAGAUGUUGUCCAACAAGAACAAGAGCACUACAUGGGAGGUGUUGGCAGAUUUUAUGAGUGUGUUUUUUGCAAACAAGGUUUCAACACAGCUCAAGCUUUAGGUGGUCAUAUGAAUAUUCAUCGAAAAGACAAAGCCAGCAAGAAAAAACCGAGUACUACUCACACUUUGCUCAGCUCCAGUAAUAAGCCUGAUAUCCAGAACAGCUUAUCAGGUUCUAAUCUUAGAUGUUACAAUAAUGUGGCAGAGGCACAAUCAAGUUAUGUUCCAUAUUUUCCGUCAUCUGCAUCUACCUCUACCUCUACAAAUGGAGAGUUCUGCUUGAAUCAUAAUAGAAGCAGCUCUCGUAUUGAUCAUCACAAUAGGCAAUGCUUGAAUUUAAUUGGAGAGGAUUGGGGCAUGAACUUAAGCUUGCAAUUUGGUGAAGCUGCACAUGUAAUAGAAACUAUGGAAAAGAAGAGUCAAGAAGAUGAUUUGGAUUUGGAGCUUCGACUGGGCCAUUAUCCUCGGUAA